AUAAAGAUCUUCCCUCCAGGCUCCUCUCUGGCUGUUCAUGACGGUCUGGUGCGGUUGUCUGGAGAGAGACAGUGUGAGGGGGAGGUGGAAGUUUCCAUCCAUCAGGUCUGGAGGAGAGUUCUGCUGGACUCCUGGAGUCUCACUGAAUCCUCUGUGGUCUGUAGACAGCUGGGCUGUGGCUCUGUGCUGAACUUCUCCGGCUCCUCUUCAUCCAGUCCUGAACACAGUCAUGAGUGUGUGACGGGCUUCCAGUGCUCUGGGAGUGAAGCUCAUCUGGGGAACUGCAGCUCUCCACAAACUCUCAACUGCAGCUCCACACAACAGCUGUCAAUCACCUGCCUUGGUCGUGGGUCCAUCAGGCUGGUGGGUUCUGGGGGAGACUGUGCAGGGAGGCUGGAGGUUUUUCACAGCGGCUCAUGGGGGACAGUGUGUGAUGACUCCUGGGAUAUUAAAGAUGCCCAUGUGGUGUGCAGACAGCUGCAGUGUGGAGUGGCCCUCAGUAACCAGCAGGUACCAGCCUGGUUUGGUCCUGGUUCUGGACCCAUAUGGCUGGAUGAGGUGGAGUGUGAGGGGAAUGAGACAUCCCUGUGGAGCUGCUCUUCUCCAGGCUGGGGAAAACAUGACUGUCAACACAAGGAGGAUGUAGGAGUCGUGUGCUCAGAGUUUAAAGAGAUCAGGUUAACUAAGGGCUGUGAAGGGAAUGUGGAGGUUUUCUACAAUGGAUCCUGGGGUAAUGUGUGCUGGAACCAGAUGGACAGAGACACAGUGAGUCUGAUCUGUCAAGAGCUGAACUGUGGAAGAUCUGGAGUUUUUUCCAGUUCUAUACCAAGACUGGAAUCAGCUCGUAACUGGUUGGAUGAAGUGAAAUGUCGACCACAUGAUUCAAAUCUGUGGCAGUGUCCAUCUUCACCCUGGGGACAGAAUAACUUUGGUGAAGAUGAAGUGACCAAAAUCACCUGUUUGGGUAAGACUGGUUUAUUGUCCAUUUCCAUUUUCCAUCUCUAAAAAUAUAACUAAUCU